AUGAUAGAUGCUUAUUUUACAAGAGGUACAAUAGGUAAAAAUCAUUAGGGAAUAUCUACAGAUUACUUAAUCAAACUUAAUUAGCUUUAUAAGAUUACAAAAAAUGCAUAUCAGAAGGAACUAAUAAUCAUCAGGUCUAUUAUAACUUAGGUAACGACUUUAUUAAACUCAGGUUUAUUAUUAGCUGAAAGUAACAGAAAGGAAGAAGCUCUUUAAUAUUUUGAUUAAUCUCUUAAAUAUUCAACAACUUUGGAAACAUUAAUUAACAAAGGAAUUUUAUGCAUCUAACUCAAUCUUUUUGAAGAAUCCCUCGAAACUUUUGAAAGGGCCUUAGAUAUAGAUCUUAAAUGCCAUAUAGUUUAUUUUAGUAAAGGUUAUGCCUUGUUUAAGCUCGAUAGAUUGAAAGAAUCUCUGGAAUGUUAUAAUUAUGCAAUCAAACUUAAUAAUUACUUGAUUAACGGUUAUAAUAACAGAGCCGUUGUUCUUUGUAAAUUAGGCUAAGAGAAGGAGGCUAUUGAUAGUUUAAAAAUAGGUUUAAAAUUAUCAUCUGAUGAUCCAAUAUUAAAUUUAAAUUUGUUUAAAUUAUACCGAAUCUAAAAACAAAUCGAGGAAUCUAAUAUUAUCAAAAAUAAACUAAUUGGGAUUGAACCAAUGUGGUAAGAAAUUGAAAAUUUAGAAUUAAUUGAAUCUGUACUUGAAACCACCAAAAAUGAGAUCAAUCUGUUAUCAACUAAUAAUUUAGAUUAAUCUCUAAGGCAAUUAAAUAAUUAUUUUGAAAGAGUUCAAAAUGCAUAUAAAAAUUUGUGGAAUUAUGAUUUAGAACUUGAAAAAAUUCAGCCUCAAUUUAAUUAAUAAGAUACAUUUUCAAUAUCUUAAAUACUUGAAUAAUCUUUGAAUACAGAAGAAACAAUUAUAAAGCAUAAGCUACUUUAUCUGUAAGACAGAGUUUAUUUCUAAUCUUUAUAUUGGAGAUUACUCAAUUACCUUAGAAUCAUUUAAAUAGCUCAAACUGAGGAAAGUAACGAAAAGCUAAAAACAAUUGUUGACCAAAUUAAUAGUUCUAAUUAAUUACUAAUCCCCUCAGAAAAUGAUAGAAUGAAUUUCAACAAUAAAUCAAUGAUUUAGAGCUAUAUUCUCACUAGUUCAUAUAAUAAAGAUAUUAAUAAUAAUGAAAGUUAAACUAAGAAAAUUUCCAAUAAUUCAGCAGUUUACUAAAGAACAAGAAGUGCUUCCAGAAGAACAACAAAAAAACCUAUUAUUGAUAAAUCAAAAUCAUAACCUUCUUAAAUGAAAAUAAAAGGAGAAAGAAAUUCAAUGUCAACUAAUUAGAACAUCUCAAGUAAAAUAUAUCCUGAAAAGCGAACUACAUAUUAAUAAAAGGAUAAGAAUUAUAUUGAGUUUAAGCCUAUUCUAAUAUCAUUAGAAAUUGUUAAAUUAAUUAACGAGAGUUUAGGGGUUAAAUAAUUUUCGGAUUUAUAGAUUAGAAACAUUAUAAAAGUAAUUAGUAAUAAAGUAAAAAAUCUUAAGGAACUUGAUGUUGAAAUUUAAUAUGCUGCUUAUGAAUUAUCAAAUAGAAAAUUAGAAUAGAAAUAAAUUAGCAGUUAAAUAUAAUAGAUUUAAAAAAAAGAAUAUGAAUUAAAUAGACUUUAUUAUAUUGAUUUAAGGCAAUGGUAACAAGGGAUCGAUGAUACUAUUUAGGUUCUACAUUAUUUUAAAGACAAUUACCGAACCUUAAUAGAACCACUAUAACAGGCCCUUAGAUUUUAAAUCUAAGCCAGUUCAACAUAUGUUAGAAAGUCAAAUAUUAAAAAUAUAGAAUAAAAAGUAGCUCAAGUUGAGAAUAGUUGCACAUGCUUCAUUUUUUGA